ACAUUUUGAGUCCAAACAGGACGUGAGUGUUUGCGUAAAUUGUGUUGUUAACUGUAGAAAAUAUGAAAUCAAAAUUUUCCAGUUCGUUGGAGAUGAUACCGAGACAGAAAAGUUUCGCUUGUCUUUCCUUGAAAUUUGGCAGUAUACUGUCUGGUCUGAUCAUUAUUCUGUAUUCAGUAUUCGCACUGGCACAAUGUUUCGUCGCAUUCGGAAUGCUACCGACGGAAUUAGAUCCAAACGACUGGAAUAUUAUUUUCGCUUACUCAGUGGUAUUCGUACUUACAUUUACGCAUGCCUUCACACUGUUCCUCACCGCUUUGAUGCUCGCCGGAGUCAUAAGAGAUAAGCUCAAGCUAAUUCGACCCUGGAUAGUGUGGACUUCCAUCCAAGUCUCCGUGUCUGUAAUCAUGUUCAUAUUCUGGAGCACGAUGAGCGUCAUCAACCACACCAAUGACAGCUCGCUGAUGCUGUUCAUAAUUGAAUUCUUAUCACUGAUGGUACGGUUUUAUAUGCUGAUGAUUGUGGCCAGUUUCUAUAAGCAGCUGGAGGAGGGAUUCGAAGAGACUGAGAGGUUGAGGGGGGCAAACAAGUUAGCACAACAAAAACUGCUAAAAUUAUCGUUAUAAAAUAAAAAAGCAUAAAGGGCAUUUACUUUUUCAAAAUUGUUUCCUUAAGAAAUCUUUUUGAUGUCAUUUCUAAUAUACUAGAUACUACUACCGCUUCGGAAACAAAGAGCGCUCUGAGAGAGAAAUAGCGGCGCAAGAAACUCUCCCAGCAUCAAAUAUUUUACCCUAGAUAGAUCAAAAUAAUUCAACACAAUAUUGUACACCUUAAAAAGGUCUACAAAAAAGUCCGCAUGGUAUCUCUUAGGGCUAACCCAAAAUGACCAUUUUUAUCUUUUACUUUUAACGAGAAAUAAUGUCUUAUUUACGAAGCGAUUUUAAUCAUACAGCAUUAAUCCUUAUCCAAAUAAGAACAAUAAAUACAUCGUGCAUUUAAUAUAGAUCAAUAUGGCCAUAUACAGCAUUUAAAUUAAAUGAAUAUUUGCAGAUUUAAAAUGCAUGUUAUUACAUAAAUAAUGGUAUCACUCGGAAGUAGGUAUAUUGUUUAUAUACGGCUGUUUUCAAUAACCUAUCUAUCCUUAGUUUAACUUACUAGAGGUAGACAAAUCUAUCCUAUUACGCUUACUCACGUUUCUAUAACCUAUCGACAUAAAGCAUUGGACUAUAACGAUAUUAGACUAUGGAUAACUACGGAUAGAUAAGAUCUUGUCAAUAAACGGUGAGGGCAAUGUAUCCGUAACUAGAGAUAUAUUAUUGAAAACGGCCAUAAAUUUUUACUGUUAACUUUUGACAGAUCCACGUCUGUCCGGACAGCUAGGUAUAAAAUAAAACAAAGCCAUUGUACAAUUAUAAA